AUGGUUGCCACUAUUGAAGAUUCAGCUACAUGGCCGCGAUGGGGGCGGAUAGACAGCGAGCUGAAGGAGUUGAUUGAGAAUGACGCCAAUCCCGCGUUUCGAAAGACGCCCGAUAUGAAUGCCAUCGUCUCGACCCGCGAGGCUUGGUAUCCCAAAUACAAAGCCGUUGCUGACGCGGCCCUGGCUACUGUUGGUGCUCUCGUGACGAGCAAGGAAAUCCAGAUUCCACGGCGAGAUGGUGGUGCUCAACGGGCAUUGGUUUAUCAACCCCACGACGUAGCAAAUGCUCCUCGGCCUCUGCUUGUUCUGAUCCACGGCGGCGGCUUCUGCUAUGGAUGCCCGGAAAUGGAUGGCGCGACUUGUGUCAGAGCAGUGCAAGCUUAUGGCUGUGUUGCCGUUAGUUUGAGCUAUAGGCUGGCCCCAGAGCACAAGUUCCCCACGGCAACGAAUGACUGCUGGGAUGCUUUGAACUGGAUCAGCGGAAAUCUGGCUAGUCUCGGGGCAGAUGCUUCGAAGGGAUUUGUGCUGGGCGGGACUUCAGCCGGUGGUAAUAUCGCCGUCGUCCUCUCCCACCUUGCCAGGGACGAAGGGUUAAGCCCUCCAUUGACUGGUGUCUAUCUCAACGUCCCAUUGGUUUUAGCACCGGAAGUCGUCCCAGAAAAGUAUCUUCCUCUCUAUAAAAGUCGCAACCAAAACGCUACGGCCCCGGUGCUCAACAAGGCAUUUAUGGACAUGUAUACGGAAGCCUAUGCACCGAAUGUUCAGUCAUAUAUAUGGAGCCCCAUAAAUUGGCCUGGAGGGGAAGAGAGCCAUGCAGGUUUACCGCGGACUUAUUUUCAGAUUUGCGGCCUGGACGUGCUCCGAGAUGAGGGGUUGAUCUACGAGCGUGUGCUCCGGAAGGGUUAUGGUAUUGAAACUAGGGUCGACAUUUAUCCUGGGCUUCCUCAUAUGUUUGUUCCUAAUUACCCAGCUCAUUCCUCAAGCAAAAAGUACCCACAAGACACGCUGUCUGGGUUAGGAUGGCUCCUUCGGGCAUUGUAG